AUGAGCAGCAGUAGGCGCGACGUUCUCUUCUUCGGCUCUAUCGCCGUCAGCAUCAUCGGGCAUAAGGUGCACGAUGAGGCCGUGGCGGCGCAGCUGGAGCAGCAAAAUGCCUCUAUAAAGCUGCAUGCCACCGCCAGCACGCCGUAUGCGAAGACAGAGGAAGUCUUUGGUUUAGUCUCCACCUCUCCCCUCUACGAGAUCCGUUCCGCCGAUUCCAAGGCCAGCCCGGCCAGCCCGUUCACCGCUCAGCGCGGCGCCUCUCACCCGCGACACCACCACCAGCGGGCUGCCUUCCUCCCUGUCGUGCUGGAGCUGGCCCCGAAAGCGGCAGUGGAGGAGGUGCCCUCGAUCGCGGACCAGGAUGGUGCGCUCCUGCAGCUUGACUCGCCGAUGAACGACGCCGAUCCGGCGCCGAGCUACACCUCGGCCUCGCUGCGCAUCGAGGUUGGUGUGUCGCGCAGCGGCGGUGACGCGACAGUGGUGGGGGCCAAGGAAGUAUUUCUUCCCUCGCUCAACUACCUCGCCAGCCGUGACAUGUGCACUGUUGUGCGCGUCCCAGUGUGGUCUGACACGAUCCUGAAGUCAGCGGUGGGCGAGGUGAACGUGGCGGAGCUACACCGACGGUCCUCGCAGAUACAAAUAGCCGGCGACAGCAGCAGCAGUAGCAGCGUCGUGGUGCUUGGUGACGGAAGGGACCGCAACGGCAGAGGCGAUGCAGUGAGUGGUCUGGCGCUCAGCGUGUACGCGAUGGUGCGUGUCAUCAGUCUGGCAGAGAAGGUGCGCCUCGUCUGUGAGGCUGACGAUGCCGUGCGUCGCCUCUUGGACCUGCCAGAUCCGGCCAGGAAGGUGAGCCUUGCCCUCACCCAGAGAGGCGAGGCGCCGUACGGUGCCAUGCCCCUCACAGAGCUCUACAAGCACCACUGGCACUUCUUCGGCUAUUACAGUAACACCAUUAUUAAGCACAGAAACGUUGUGAUGCAGCGACUCGCCGAGGCGCCCCGUCAGCGCGAGGCCGAAGCGUCGUUUCCCCAUCGCUGGAACGCGCUCACGGUUGUGGACCUGCGACCGACACUCCUCGGCGAGGACGCGUUCGCGCCUCUCCUGGUCACCUUGGCCUACUGUCCCAACCUCCGCGCCGUGUACGCCGACGGUAACCACCUCGGCGACCUCACCUGCGCCCGUCUCUCCGUCCUCUUCCGACGACACCGCUACCUCGCCUGCAUAUCGCUCUCCAAGAACGUCAUUCACGAGGCCGGUGGUGCGCAGCUCCUGCGACUUGUGCGCAACAACCUGCGCAUCACGUCCAUGCCGUGCCAAGGGAACUUCUUCUCCGAUGAGAUGCGCAGCCGUAUCGAAGAGGUGGCCAGGAAGAAUGCCAGCGUCAUUGCACAGGAUCCUCUGAACGUCUUCUCCUCCAGCUACGACUACCUCACUGACCUAUCAAGUCUGCCCAAGUCUCUACAACAGCAGGGUCUGCGAACGUGGGCAAUGCUCUCUGCAGCCCCGGUGGGUGACGUCGACGUGAUGGUGCGCAACUUCACCACGAGCACUCAACGCACCCUGGGUGACUCGCCGGUCGCCGCGAUGGAGCGGGCUAAAGCGGCGUUGCGCUCACGCGAGUCCCUCUCUUUAAUACCGCCGGCGGCGCUGGCGCCAUUAUUGAGCGAAGUUAUGCGCACGGUGUCCGUUGGGGUAUCCCGCGUGCUUCCCGACCCGCUUGUGCGCUCACUCUUCUCAGACAUGGAGACGGUGGUGGCACAAGAACAGGAGCAGGUCGAGGCUCAGCGUCGUGACGAGCUGGCCGGCGGCAUCCGCGACGCGUCGUUCCUGCCGCCCGAGGUAUGCGAUGCCAUGGGCGGAGCGCACACCCCAGCCGUCGACUCUGAGAAUAUGUACGCUCGCGCCUUCGUGCGCAUCGUCGUGGCGGCACUUCGAGGCGUGGCGUUGGGAACGCCGUGGGCGGAGAUCGCCAAAGUACUCGAGGGCAUCGGCCGUGUACAUCGUGACCUCGGUGUUAUGCCAGAGGACUACUGGCUCGCGGUGCACAUCUUCAUGACCUCGCUACGCAUCAGCUGUGGUGCAGAGUUCUACGAUGCCGACCACGCAUCCUCUUUCCUUGCUCUGCUGGCGCUGGCGGUGCGGACAGCGGCAGGCACCGACGCAGUGCUGCAGUGA